CUAUAAAUCAUAACAGCUUGCAUGACAUUUUUGAAAAAUACAAAAUAGAAUUAUUUAAUAGAGGAAAAAAUUCAUAUUAUGAUGAGGGUAAAAUCCUAAAAUAGAUGGUAAUUCAAAAUGUGUGAAUUCGAUUUGUUACUCUUUGGUAUUACAUUGGCAUCUGGUAGUGAUGAUAACUUUAGGGUUUAUGGGAUGCUAAGACAGGAUAAUAAAAUGCCAAAUUAGAUGGUCAUUCAAGUGAUGUUAAUUCAAAUUGUUAAUAUCCUGAUUGUACUACAUUAGCAUCUAGUAGUUGGGAUAAGUCGAUCCGUUUCUGGGAUGCUAAGAAAGGAUAAUAAAUCUUGCCUACAGAUGCUCGAUAUAAAGAUAUUCUAAACCUUCAACAAUUUAAAUUAUAUUCUUCCAGAAAGUGGUAUUUAUUUUUAGCAAUUCUUAGCUACCUCUGAUAUGACCAUUCUAAAAAUUCCUAGAAUCCAUAAAUAGAAGCUUUCGGAGCAUUAAUAUUGAAAGGAGAGUUUGUUGAUUAUAUAGGAUAUGAUUUAAGUUCUUUAAUUAAAUCUCAAGG